GCAAAACGACCAAGACACCGGAAAUAAGCUUUGAGUGCGGAAGCACUGAUGAACCUGCAUGAUGUGUCCAAACUCGGAAAUUAAAGUAGAUUAAAAUAUUUAUAUAUUUUAUGUUGGGAGUCGGACAAACAGGGAAAGUUUCACAGCAGCUGCUGCAACCUUCGGUUAAACGGGUUCAUCCUAAAUAAGUUAAUCUGACCGGGUGUGAUCCCGUGUCCUGCUCCGACAGGUGAGUCCUGCACCGACAGGUGAGUCCUGCUCCGACAGGUGAGCCAUGUCCGCCCGCGGCGUCUGACCAUGGAGAACCUGCGCUCUCGCCUCAAGUUCGGGAGCAAAGCCGAGGACGUGAAGCUGAGGAAACGGAGGUCCCUGCUUUACUCCAAGGAGGAUGGGACGCUUUUAAACCACGGCAUCCUGAGGGUGGCUGUCUUCACUGUGGUGUUCAGACUGGUCAACUGUCUCCUGGUCCAGACCAGCUUUGUCCCCGAUGAGUACUGGCAGUCCCUGGAGGUGGCCCAUCGGAUGGUCUUUAAUUAUGGGUAUCUGACCUGGGAGUGGAAAGCGGGAAUCCGAGGAUUCACGUAUCCUUUGUUCUUUGCCUUCUUCUACAAGAUACUACACCUCCUAAACUACGACACAGUCUAUCUCCUGAUUUGGCUCCCUCGGGUGGUUCAAGCACUUCUGGCUGCGUUUGCUGAUGUCAAAUUCUUCUCACUCCUCCGGACAUUGGAGACUGAGGACACCGCAAGAUGGACGUUCUUCUGCCACCUGUGCUCCUGGUUCUCCUGGUUCUGCUGCACCAGGACUCUGACGAACACCACAGAGACCACCCUCACCUGUUUGGCUCUCUUCUACUUUCCUCUGCCGGGGGCCAAAACAUCCAGCAGUGGAAAGUACUUGUCCCUGGUGGCCUUGGCUGUGGUGGUGCGUCCGACGGCCCUGAUCGUCUGGUUUCCUCUGCUGUUGUACCAUUUCUGGCAGGAGGAGAACAAACUGAGGCUCGUCACUCGUAGCUACAUUCCUAUAGGGAUGUCGGCGGUGCUAAUUUCAGCGCUGAUCGACUGUCUGUUCUACGAAAAGUGGACGCUGGUGCAGUUCAACUUCAUCAAGUUUAACAUCCUGCACGGCGUGGCGGGUUUCUACGGCUCCCACCCCUGGCACUGGUACUUCACCCAGGGCUUCGCCGUCGUCGUCGGCCCCCAUCUUCCCUUCUUUCUGCACGGCUGCAGCCUCGCCUUCAGGAAAUACAAAAUCCUGCUGGCCACGGUGGUUUGGAUCGUUGGCGUGUACAGUUUGCUUCCCCACAAGGAGUUCCGGUUCAUCUACCCCGUGCUGCCGUUCUGUAUGAUCUUCUGCGGGAUUUCUUUAGCCCGCCUCAAAGCGUGGCGGCGCCCAGCCGCAGCCCUCCUCGCGGUGUCCAACCUGGUUCUGGCUCUGUACACGGGUCUGGUACACCAGCGAGGCACUCUAGACGUCAUGGACCGCCUUCAUACGCUCUGCGAGCCCACAGUGGAUCCGGCCCGCCCACAGUCGGACGUCCUCUUCCUCAUGCCCUGCCACUCCACGCCUUAUUACAGCCACGUCCACUGUCCUCUGAAGAUGAGGAUCCUGGAGUGUCCUCCAGACCUCGGAGAGGACGGAUACUUUGAAGAAGCGGCGCAGUUCUACAACAAUCCUCUUCUCUGGCUCAGGACUUCAUUUCCAUACAAAUCCUCCCUGCCAACACAUCUGGUUUUAUUUGAUGUUUUGGAAAAGGAAAUCUCCACAUUCCUGCAAGGGAAUAACUUCACGAGGACAGCAGAGAUAUUUCACAGUCACGUUGCAGAGGGAAGAGUUGGAGGAAGCAUCUUUAUUUAUGAAAGGCACUGACGAAACAGCAGAAACACUGAAGAAAAUAUUCUCUUGGAGAAAAUGUAACAAUUCUCUACUGUAAUAAAUAUUUUAAACUCCCAA